AUGGCUUCGCAUGCAGAUCUCCGUCAGGCCGCAGCAGCAGCAGCAGCGGCUGCUGCAGCAGGCGCCAGCAGCAGCUGCAGCAGCGGCUGCAGCAGCGGCUGCAGCAGCAGCAGCAGCAGCACGCAGGGCCCCCUGGCUCCCCACCUGCUAGAGGGCUUCUGGAGACAGGCCCUCAAGGGCCCCGAGGGGCCCCCCGCCCCCCCCCCUAUUGCAGUUUCUGCUUCUCUUACAGAGGACCUGGGGGGCCCCCUGGAGGGGCCCCUGGAGGGGCCCCUCGAGGGGCCCCUGGAGGGGCCCCUGGAGGGGCCCCUGGGGGCCCCCGGGGCAGCCAAGGGGCCCCCCAGCCCUGCAGAGGGGGCCCCCGGGCAGCCCCACGCCGCGGGGGGCCCCCUGGGGGCCCUCGAGGCUGCUUCUCUGUCCCGGCUGCUGUGGGGCCCCACAGCAGCGCAGCAGGAGCUGAAGGGCCCCAGCAGCAGCACGGGGGGCCCCCCCCUCGGGGCGCAGCGGGGGGGGCCCCCCGGGGCCCCCCGGGGGCCCCCCGCAGCAGCAGAAGAGGCCCUGCCCCCCGCAUGCACUUCUCCCCCGCUGCCAGGAAGGGGGGCCCCCGAGGCCCUCCCCAUAGGGGGGGGGGGCCCCCCGGGGGGCCCCCCGGGGGGCCCCCCGGGGGGCCCCCCGCGCAUGCAGGGGGCCCUUGAGAAGGACACAGCUUUGGCCCUUGCUGCUUUGAAUUCUCCGACAGCGUUGGCGGGGGCCUCGACAGCAGCAACAACCCCGCUGGCAGCAGAAGCAGCAGCAGCAGCAGCAGCAGCAGCCUCGCCGCCGCGCGUCCUCGCUGCAGCAGCAGCAGCAGCAGCAGCAGCAGCGCCGGGGGGCCCCGCAGAGGGGGGGGCCCUCGCGGCGACGCAGGCGGUGCUGGUGGAGUUGAUGGGCGGCCUGGGCCUGGGCUGCAGCAGCAGCAGCGGCGGCGAGCCCGCUGCUGCUGCUGCUGCUGCUGCUGCUGCUGCUGCUGCUGCUGCUUCCGUAGCAGCACACAUAGACCGCAUCAAAAGGGCCCAAACUCUCGCAGACUUGGGGCCCUAUAUUGCUGCUUUCCAGGGGGCCCUCCCGGCAGUUUGUGGGGGGGGCCCCCUGACUCCUGCGAAGUGCAAGGCGCUGCUGCGGGCCCUGGACGUGGUCUGCGUGAAGCCAGCAGCAGCAGCAGCAGCAGCAGCAGCAGCAGCAGCAGCGGCGCCGCAGGGCGCCCCUGGCGCGCCUGCAGCGGAGAGCUGCAGCAGCAGCAGCAGCAGCAGCAGCAGCAACAGCAGCAAAGGCUGCCGGGGGCCGCUGCCGGCGCGCGACCCGCUGGAGAGCUGCGCGCCCCUCGCGAGCAGCAGCAGCAGCAAGUGCAGCAGCAGCAGCAGCAGCAGCAGCAGCAGCAGCACGUGCGGGAGCCCCCUGGCGUCGCCAGAAGCAGCAAUUCGCGGGGGCCUCUUCCGGUACCCUCCCGAGGGCUUUGCUGCGCAGCAGCUAAUCUGCUGCAGGCUGCUGGAGGCCCUCUGUACCCUCAGCAGCAGCAGGGGGGCCCCCCCCCAGGGCCCGGGGGGCCCCCCCCUCUACACUUACCACCAGGGUAUGAUUUUGGGGGCCCAGGGGCCCCAGCAGCUGUUCAUUUACUCCCACGUUAUUCUGGGAAAGUUGCUGCUGCAUGCAGUGCAUGCAGCCCCCGCGCUGCUGCUGGCAGCAGCAGCAGAGGGGGCCCUGCUGCUGCCUGAGGAGAGGCCCCUCGCGCUGCUGCGGGGGGCCCCCCAGCAGGCCAUUGAGGACGCUGUUGCUGCGCUGCAGCUGCUGUACGAAGCAGCAAACCCCAAAGAAGUGCUGCCCCGCAAAAGCGCCUUUGCUGCUGCUGCUGCUGCUGCUGCAGACUCAGCAGCAGCGCUCGACGGGUCCGCAGCAGCAGCAGCAGCAGCAGCAGCAGCGGCGGCCGGCGGACUGCGCAGCAGGCGCUUCGGCGACGACUGCCGCGGCGCAGCAGCAGCAGCAGCAACAGACGCUGCAGCAGCAGCAGCAGCAGCAGCAGCAGCAGCUUCCGUCACAACCACUCCUGUACCCUCCCUUUUGUGCAGCCCCACUAUCCGCUCCCUAGAGGGGGCCCCCGAGGCUGAGGGGCCCCCCCUGGGUCUCGAGGGUUUCGACGUGAGGGGCCCCCAGGGGGCCCCCCUGGACUCCGUUUGCGGCUGCCCCCUGCCGCCUGCAGCAAAGGGGGGGCCCCCCCUGGGGGCCCCCCUGGGGGCCCCUCUGGGGGCCCCCCUGGGGGCCCCCCUGGGGGCCUCCCGCCCCGCGCAGUUCGGAGUGGGGGGGGAGAAGGGGGGCCCCCUUGGGGCAGCUUCAGCAGUGCUGAAGGCCCUUGGGGGUUCGGGGCUGGGCGACGGGGGCCCCUCUGCUGCUGCAGCAGCAGCAGCAGCAGCAGCAGCUGGCGUGGCCGCCUCGCCGCUGCAGCAGCAGCAGCAGCAGAGCAGCAGCGGGACGAAGAAGGGGCCCCCCGCCCCCCUCCCAGCCCUCGCAGAGGCCCCUUUGCUGCUGCGAAAAGCCGAGCUGGGGGCCCCGCAGCAGCAGCUGCCUCUGGGGCCCCUGGGCUGCAGCAGCACUUUGUGGGGCCCCCUGGACCCUCCGCUGCCCCCCGCGGAGGCCCAGGGGCCCUGCAUGGAGUCGGGGGCCUCGGGGGGCCCCCCGGUGGGCCUGCUGGGGGCCCCCCCGGGGGCCCCCCUGGGGGGCCCCCUGGGGGGCCCCCUGGCCCCCGCAGACUGCCCCAAUGUCUCGUUCGAUGCCACUCACAACCGCUGGAUCGCUUUUUGGCGAUCCCAAGGCCGCAGCCACAGCAAAAGCUUCAGCUGCAGCAAAUACGGGGGGCGGGAAGCAGCAAGGCAGCAGGCUUUGGGGUUUAAGAAGCUGCUGCAGGAGGGGGGGGAGGAGGCCCUGGGCGAGCCCGCAGCAGCAGCAGCAGCAGCAGCAGCAGCAGCAGCAGCGGCGGGCGGGGCGGCGGCAGCGACUGCAGCAGCAGCAGCAGCAGCAGCAGCGGCCCCCAACGCAGCAGCAGCAGCAGCAGCAGAGAUCCAAAGCUUCCUGGCCGGCCUCGAGGUCUGCCAGGGCCCCAAGGAGGCCCUUGCUGCGCUGCAGCAGCCGCUGCUGCCGCGCCAGGGGCCCCUCGCGGGGCUCCUGGGGGCCCCCCUGGGGGCCCCCCAGGCGCUGCUGUCCCCCGCAGCAGAGCUGCGGGGGGCCCCCCCCAGCAGCUUGCUGGGCGAGGAGGCCCUGAGGGCCCUGUCGCUGCUGCAGGACAUCAAGUGCAGCAGCAGCAGCAGCAGCAGCAGCAGCAGCGGGGGCGCGGCGCAGGCCGGGGGGGCCCCCCGAAAGCCCAAGGCCAAGAGGGCAGGGGGCCCCCGCGCAGAGGGGGGGCCCCCCGGGCGCCCCUGGCCCGCAGCAGCAAACUCGAGGGGCCCCCGGGGGGCCCCCCGAGGGUCCAGUUCGCGGCGGCGGAGUUCUCCGGGAGUUGAGGCGGAGAGCCGUUCGUUUGCUGCAGCAGCAGCAGCAGCAGCAGCCGCCGCGGAGCUGCGCCGCCUGGGCCGCGCCGCCGCUGCUGCUGCCAGCAGCACCAGCAGCAGCAGCAGCAGCAGCAGCAGCAGCAGCAGCAGCAGCGGCUGCGGGUGGUCUCCGGCAGCAUAA